UCGUAUUUGUAUUAGCAGACGUGGUGUUGCUUAAAAUUCCACACACUGCUUCAACUUUUUUGCAACAGUAAUAUUCGUGAUUUCUGAGAAAAUAAAUCACCGUGAAAUGUAUGCUAUACUUUUUUUUACUUUGUUACGAUUUAUUUCUAACAUUAACGCAAGAGACAGCGAUUUUGUUCGCGACUAUUUUAUACACAAGGCAGUGCGAAAUGUCGUUCGAUUCUCUUGUGGAGAUAUCACGAGUGAUUUUUAUUUCGUAAAAUCAUUGAGUAGAGCCGGUAUAUUUACGAUUGUCAGAAAAUACGAUGCAAACAUCAACAUGCGACGAUUUUUGGACACUAAGACUUGGGGCUUAGGGAUUGUUGUGGACUUGCGUUGUAACAACGAGAGUGCUGUGACCAUCUUCGCCGAGACUUCUAGAUAUCGCAUGUACGAUUAUUCAUAUCAUUGGUUGGUCCUGGGAUCGAAGCUAAAUGAUAGCGUGCCGUUCUUGAAUGACAGCGCUUACAGUAUAAUUACCGAUUUCGUACUCGCGAUAACAAACGGUAACAAUUACGACUUGUAUGACGUUUAUAAUCAUUGCAAAUAUCGCGGUGGUACGUUGAAUGUGACGAAAUUAGGCUCCUGGCAACGAGAAACUGGUAUUACCAUUACUCUCACUCAACCAUUGAUUCAAAGAAGGGCCAACAUGCAUGGAAUGACAUUGAAGAUAUCUGGCGUGAUACAAUAUAGGCCGAAGAAUAUGCGAUUGGAGGAUUAUAUGUACGAUAUUAAUACGAGAUCCUUGGAUAGCAUGCAUAAGUUCACGUACGCGAUGAUAUCUCAUACCGCUGAUCUUUUUAAUUUUAGUGUACACGCUUCGGAGAUAAUUUAUUGGGACCGUCACAGUGUGCACGGAUUAAUAUUUGAGAUUUUGCAAACGAAUUACAUCGAUUUUGCCAGUAAUCCCAGGAUUAUGGUAUCCGAGAGAUUAGAUUAUGCCAGUCUUAUUGGUGCGGCGUGGCCGAUUCGACCUUGCUUCAUGCUACUGUCCACUACAUCGAAUAAGAUUAAACUCGAGAUUUUCCUGAAACCACUCGCCAAAUUUACUUGGUAUGUGUGGGCCGUAUUUAUAAUGAUUUCCAUGUUUAUAAUGAGAAUAAUAUUGAGACGUGAGGAAGACAGCAAGCAAGAGAAAUAUUCGGGAGCUGUGGUUCUUACUGUCGGCAUUCUCGCUCAACAAGGUGCAAACUUCUUUCCUAAGCACAUCCCAGGCCGUAUCGCUCUUCUACAGAUCAUUGUCUUCAAUUGGAUUAUGUAUAAUUAUUAUUCGGCCAGUAUAGUAUCGGCUCGUUUGAGCGAGCCGCUCGAUAUGAUGGAAGAUUCUGUGACGGUCCUCGCGGAUAGUAAUCUGAAAAUCGCCGCGGAGGCUGUACCAUAUCUAAACUAUUUUUUAUACAAACUCAACUGGGAAUCUGAUUACUUCAGGAAGAAACGCUGGGAUCCACUGCCGGAAUCAAAGCGAUACUUGCCGUUAGAAGAGGGUAUGAAGCAGGUUAGUCAAGGUAUCCUGGCCUACCACACGGAUCCCAACACGGCGUAUCCUUACAUCGAAAAGAUGUUCGAGCAAAGCAAGAUUUGCGAAUUGACGGAGAUUCAUCUGUUCAAGCAAUCUGUCAUGGGUAUGUACGCCAGUCACAACGGUCAAUUCACCGAGGUGGCGAAAAUCGGGUUAUAUAAGAUGUUUAACACCGGUUUGCGUGAUCGUCAGAUAAAAUAUUGGUCGAGUAGGAAGCCUCAAUGUCAGCUCGAUACAUUGUCCACGAGAAGCAUAUCUAUACAGGAGACAGCUCCAGCUUUGAUUCUGUUAGCUUUCGGUAUGCUCAUCGGGUGUGGAAUAUGCAUCGUCGAGAAUAUCGUUUACUAUCGAUCCACAAGAGAGAAAAUGUUAAGACGAUCGAUGAGCAACGAUGCGGAGAAGAUAGUCGGUACAAGCAAACACAAUUUGCUCGAAUAAAAUUGUCUCGCCUCGAGAAGUAAAAUAUUUACAAGUCGGUCAUAUAUUAUAAUUGGUUCAUUCAUUAGUGUCUCGUUAUCGUAGACUUACCUCAUGCGAAGAAAAGAGGAGAGAGAGAGAAAGAGAAAGAUGCUAUUAAUGUAAUUUUC